UUAUAUCGCCAUGAUGGGGUUGAUAAAACAUGCUGCCUUGUAUAUAUGGGAUAAGUCGACAAUCUACCUUAUGAAUUCAUCCUUUUAGUACAGCAGUCUGCCCAUGAUUCGGUUGAAAAUGAAAAUGAUGCAUUCCAAGAAGCCACAACAACCAUCGCGUUUUGAGCACUGUAACUUGAUUAGAUUUACCUACUUUUUAAUGGAUGUGGCUGUGUCUUACAUUUACUAGCCAAGAAAUCUUUCUCUCCCGACACUCUCCUAUGCUUCCUCUAUGAAUCUUGUGGAAAUCUUGGACUGUACGGAGCGAUUCUGGUUCACUAAUCGAAGGUCGAUAGCGAGUACAUUUUCUUAGGGCCAAGUGGGAACAAAUUUCUGCCAAUUGAAUUGAUGAGAAAAGGACUGGAAAAAACGAAAGCUGACCUGAACGCAAAAUUACGGAUGGCUUAACCCAUUUAACGUCAGCCCCGCGGAGAGCAAGAGCGAACGAGGCUGGCAGAAGAAGGGAGGAAAAGAAGGUACACACGCCAUUUCUACAAAGCCAUUCGGUUAUUUUCCUACCGCGCGGGGAGAAUCCUCCAAAUUCUCAAGCCAUGUGCUGUACAUGUGUGUACAUGUACAUUGUACGCAGCGUACAUAUCUGGUCAGAAACCGGCAAGCCCAAUGAAAUACGUAUUACCGGCGUUCUAGACUUCUGAUGUCGGUUUUACUUCGUACUUUUGGUAGGGCCAUUCUCUGCCUUGUUUUAGUUCUGUUUUCAUUGAGGGAGGAGAUCAGCCAGCCAAUUUGAAUCCUCCUUUGCUUUCGUCAGCCUGUGUGCGGUACCCCCGCUGGAAUUUUUCAUUCGCUCGAACAACUGCACCAUGGGGAUUGCAUCGUAGCUCCCAAUGAAGGUAUCGGCAGGCCAUCCCAAACCAGACAGGUUUAUAAAGGAAGCGACAAAGCGGAUACCUCGCAGUUGCUCUCUUUGUCGUGUGGGAAAGCCGGUCGCCUAAUCGUAUAACCCACCGAGUAUAUGUCGGACGCAAAAACAGACAGCGGUUUUUACCGACUAGAUAUGUUAUCUUGACAAAAUUAUCUCACUAUCUGUGUAAGGCAUAAAUAAUUAUUGUGUUGUUCUUCUAGGUUCCAUUCGCCAUGAACUCUGUUCCCUUCGUAUUAUCGGUCUUAGGGAUAGGAAGCCUUGUCAUAGGUGCUCAUGUUGAAGCUUCGAACGCGUUAUAUCCGUUGGACGGAACUAUUGAACAGUUGGGCCUACAACGGUUUUUCACAGAUAUAUCAGAGCUGGAAUUAGCGAGGACUUCGCUAAACACACGUUGUGAGAAAGCCUGCGACAUCCUCUCUACCGUGCUCCCGUCAGAAGUGCAGUUCCCUGGCACUGAUGAUUACGUUUCCAAUAAGAGAAGCUAUUGGGCAGAGCAACAGGCUGCCUUAUCACCAAACUGCUUUGUUGCAGUAACGGAAUCCCUUUCCGUGUCAAUAUCUGUCGCUAUCUCUCGGAAGACGCAGUGUCCAUUUAGUGUUCGAAGUGGUGGCCACUCGGAUGUUCCCGGUGCAUCCAAUAUUGAAAAUGGCAUAACUAUUGAUCUCCGACCUCUUCGUGAGAUAGUCGUGUCUAAUGAUAAACGAACAACAUCCGUCGGUGCUGGUGCGAGCUGGGGGGAGGUCUACACCAAGCUAGAUCAAUUGGAUCUUAUUGUUGUGGGUGGACGGGUAUCUCCCAUCGGAGUUGGAGGGCUAUCUCUUGGAGGCGGUAUAUCCUUUUUCUCUGGGCGGGAGGGGCUCGCUUGCGAUAAUGUUGUCAACUAUCAUGUCGUCAUGGCAGACGCGCGAUUGCAAAAUGUCAACCAGACGUCUCAUCCAGAUCUCUAUCUCGCUUUGAGAGGCGGCGGCAACAACUUUGGCAUCGUCGUCCGCUUCGACCUUGACACCUACCCCCAGGGAGAAAUGUGGAGCACUAUACGAUCGUACGGGCUUGAUGCCAAAGAAUUCAUUACUGAAGGCUUAGCCGUGUUUAACGAGCAUGCCAGUAAUGACCCAAGUUUGUCGAUAAUAACAAGCUUCUCAAACGUCCAAGGCCAAUGGAUAAGCGGCCUCAUUGCUCAUUAUGCGAACGCAGUACCCGAUCCAGAUAUCUUUACAUCCAGCUUCGAAAAUCUCACAAACGUUAACCCUAUUCAUCAAACUACCCAAAUUUCACGCCUCGCCAAUCUCACCAAAGAUUUCUCUUCCUAUAAUCCGCCACUAGUGUACCGCAACCAGUUUACAACCGCAACGUACAGGAACAGUGUCGAGCUGCAGAACAGAAUUGUUGAAGUAGUUAUAUCAGAGACGGAUAAGAUCAGGGACAAAAUCAGCAACCUUGAUGGGUUCGUCUCAGCCGUUAACUUUCAAGCUAUAACUUUGCCAAUGAUAUCCAAAUUCUCAAAAAGGGGUGGGAAUAUUCUUGGCGUCAAUCCACACCGCGGACCGCUUCUGCUUGUUCUGUUUAACUUUUCCUGGGCCAGCCGUGCCGAUGACUACCUCGUUAUCCCAACUAGCGAAUCGAUUUUAUCUCGAUCCAACGCCCUCGCGACAGAGCUUGACCUUCAAGAUGGUUUCAUCUAUAUGAACUACGCAGGGCCUACCCAGUCGCCACUUGCAAGUUAUGGCGAGGAGAGUUUGCGGCAGCUGAGGAGCGUACAGGCGAAGUAUGAUCCUGAUCUAGUGUUUGAAAAGUUGCAGCCUGGUGGUUUUAAGUUAAGCGCCGAGGCAUAGUUAGGUUGUUAGUUUUAUUCAUUGCAAAAACACAGCCGGUGACACAGUGAUAUUACUCUUUAUACGGAGGAAUGGAUGGGGAUUUGAUUAAGUCUGCGAUGAGUGAUAUAUUUAAAUAGGGGAUUGAGUAUUGCUUAGAUGUACUGCGCAAGGUGUUGCUAAGUGUUAAAUAGGAUGAGGAGAUCAUGGUCAAAGAAUGACUCCCAGAAGGACCCACUUCCAACGCCCAAAGAUAGCGUCAAAAAAAUUAAAAUAAAAAAAAAAAAAAAAAAAAAUCUCCAAA